AUGGCUGUCGCUUCACCGAGACCUCUCAUCGGUUAUGAUCAUCGACAAACUUCACCGAGCAAAAAGAUGGUUCUACCAAAAAUCGAACAUCCGUCCAAGCGAAUGAUCGAUAGUUAUCGAACAGUAUUGGAUGUUCGUGGUAAAUCUGGUGAAGGAAAAUUGAUUCGAACUGAUCUUUCCACACCUCGUCAACAGGGACGAUCGUCCGCAUUGAAAUCAGAAUCCCGAUGUUCGGAUUGUCUGACUGAUGUUCCGGAAAAUGUCAAUGCUAUUUAUGGUGAAGACCGAAAUAAAGUUCGUUUACCUGUUUUCGGUCGUCGACCGGAAAGCACAACAUCUUCGAUAACUAGUGCAAGAAAAGCAGACACACCUCGAACAUCUCGUCUGAUUAUCGAUGAACUCGAAGCGUCACUACGAGAAAAAGUUCGUUUUCAACUUCAUGACAUCCGCGCGAAGUUCCGCCAUGCAGCACAAAACGAUCCCAGUGGAAAAAUCGAUCGACCAGCGCUACAACAUUUGAUUGCGACUAUCUACGGAACGCAAAAGCAAGUUUCACCUGCUCAAAUCGAUCGACUACUAGAGCGACUUCAGUUGAAAUCGUCGAAUAAAAUCAGCUUCGACGAGUUCAUUCAAGCGCUGUCAAGUGGAGAAGAAGAUCUUCCGAACUGGAUUUCGAGAGAAAUGUCGUCGAGACAAGAAAAAUCAUCACCGAAAAAAACAGCGACACAGAUGUUUUUGAUUUUGAAGGAAAAAGUUCGAACAAAAGAUAAGGAUUUAAUGAACUUUUGUCCAGCAUUAGGUGGUGGAAAACCAACGCGAAUCUUCAAAGUUCACUUUCACGAUGCACUCGAAGAUAUGGGUUAUAAAAUGAAAGACACAGAAUUUGAUAAAUUGUGGGAUAAAUUCGAUACGGAAGAAUUCCGAGCGAUUAGUUCGGACAAGUUUCUCAAAGUUUUAUUCGAUGAAUCGAUUGAAGACGGCUUCACAUCUCAUCGAGAAGCUGUCAUAUUAAAGCCACGUUCUCCUCAAUUGCGCACAAUCCAAACAUCUCACAGUGAUUCGGAAUUAAAAACACCUCGGCUUCAUUCGACACGAGGCGUUCUCGAUGAAAACCAAGUGCAACAAUGGUUGAAUCGUAAAUUUCCGCAUGGUUACGCUGAACUCGAACAUGCACUGGAACGUUUGGACGCAAAACAAACGGGAUCAUUACCACGCGAACGAUUUCUCGAACAACUGAAACGGUUUGGUUUAAACUUAGAAACGCCACUCUUAGAAUAUUUUCUCAAGAAAUUAAAUGUGGACUUAGCAUUGACCAACGACGGCAUACCUUAUCAAGAAGUGAUCAACACAUUCAAGCAAAAAAGCGAUCCGACAAAGCGACGACUCAAUGCGGAUAAUCCAGUGCAUAUCGAAGAAACUCGUCAGGCAGCAUUAGAACGACAAAUCGAUGCAUCGAUUGCGAUGAAUUAUGAACGAGUGGAAAACUUAUUAAAUCGAGCUGAUGGUACACAAAGCGGAUUCGUUACAGUGAACACAGUUCGAUCGAUAAUUGAAGAUCUGAUUGAAUACACAUUGAGACCGGAUGAAUAUCACGAAAUAAUCAAGAAAAUGCCGAUGGAUGACUAUGGCCGAGUGAAAUAUCGGGAUUAUUUGAAGCAAAUUCUUGAAAGAACAUCAUAUUUGCAGGAAGGAAAGCAACGGCAACCAAAGAAUCCAAAAUAUGAAUUUAUGGUCGCGACAAACGUGCGAGAAAAAGUCAAUCCGAAAGAAUUAAUUCAGAAGCCUUACGAACCAGAAAGAACAAGAACAAUCGAUGAACUCAGCGAAUAUCUGAAAAAUUUAAUUCGAAAUCGUUCGAAGGACAUUGAGGAUGAAUUCCGAAAAAUCGAUCGUGGUUCCUAUGGUGAAUUAACUCCGGAUCUUCUCUAUAAUUUAUUUCGGCGACUUUAUCUCGAACCGGCGAUAACACGCGAUGAAGUAGACUUAAUUUGGGAACGUUGCCAUUUGAAACGCGAUGGAACGCUAGAUUUUUACCAAUUUCUUCGUGAAUUUGGUUAUUCUAAACAAUCAGCACACUAUCCGAACGCGCGAAACCACCCGCCAAAACGAGGCGAUGCAGAUUUCGUUCUAACAUCGAAUAAACUGUACGGAGAAAAUAUUCUUGUUCACACCCACGCAAGAAACGUGAUUCGAACGAAUUGGGAUCGUUUACGACGAGAAUUCGCCGAGUUAGAUCCUUACCGAACAGGUUACGUUCAACCGGAGGAAUUCGAUGAUGUUCUAAGUGAACUCUGCCCGGCAGUUAAUCAAGAAGAUCUCUACUUGAUCAAAUCGAAGUUGCAUACGCAACACGAUCCAAGAAUGAACUAUAUGCGAUUUUUGAAAUGCUAUGCGCCAUUGUCGGAAUCAUCGAAUCUUAUGGAUGAACCGAAUAAAAAUCUUCUACAAACGAUUGAUGAAGAAACACCUCGGAUAGGAGCGUCUGAUCGAUUGGUGUACACUCAAGUUUGCAUUAAACUUCGAAGAAAAUUAUCGGAUUCAUAUAAACCCCUGCGUCGAUCAUUCAAACAACAAGAUAAAACCAAUAGUGGAUCGGUUCCAUUGAAAACAUUUAAAGAUAUCCUCAAUCAAUAUCAAUGCUCGCUGAGUGAUGAAGAGUUUUAUACAAUCGCUUCACAAUUGGAUACGAAAUUGGAUGGAUCGAUUAAUUACAACUACUUUCUUCAACAAUAUAUUAAAAACGUUUAA